CAGGAUUGAGGCUCUGGGCUCCCGGCCCCCCGGCACCCCCCCGCCCCCCGAGGGGCUCCGCCUGCGCGGGUGAGCUGGGGGCAGAGACAGGGGCGGAAAGAUGCUGUCCGAGCAAGCCCAAAAGUGGUUCCCGACCCACGUCCAGGUCACUGUGCUCCAAGCCAAAGAUCUUAGGGCAAAAGGCAAAAGUGGCACCAAUGACACGUACACUAUCAUUCAGCUGGGCAAGGAAAAGUACUCCACCUCGGUGGCCGAGAAAACCCUUGAGCCUGUCUGGAAGGAAGAGGCCUCUUUUGAGCUGCCUGGAUUGCUCAUGCAGGGCAACCCAGAGAAAUACAUUCUUUUCCUCAUAGUGAUGCACAGGUCCCUGGUGGGCCUGGAUAAGUUUUUAGGGCAGGUGGCAAUCAACCUCAAUGACAUCUUUGAGGACAAACAAAGAAGGAAAACAGAGUGGUUUAGAUUAGAAUCCAAACAAGGAAAAAGAGCCAAAAACAGGGGUGAGAUAAAGGUCAAUAUUCAGUUUAUGAGGAACAAUAUGACAGCAAGCAUGUUUGACUUAUCAAUGAAGGACAAAACAAGAUCUCCUUUUGCAAAAUUAAAAGAUAAGAUGAAAGGCAGAAAAAAUGAUGGAACAUUUUCUGAUACGUCUUCGGCAAUCAUUCCAAGUUCUCAUAUACCUGAUGCCAAUACUGAAUUUUCAAGUGGUGAAAUACAGAUGAAAUCAAAACCAAAAAAGCCUUUCCUUUUGGGUCCUCAGCGACUCUCUUCAGCGCAUUCAAUGUCUGAUUUAACGGGGGCCCACAUGUCUUCUGAGAAACUGAAGUCUGGCACCAUUGGUCAAACGCAUCUUCUGGGACGCCAGAUCGAUUCCUUUGGAGUACUUCCAGAAAGUGGAAGUCUCAAAUCGCCACACAGAAGAACAUUAAGCUUUGAUACUUCUAAAAUGAACCAACCUGACAGCAGUGUGGAUGAAGGUGAACCUUCUUUUGGAAGACAAAACGACCCAUUUACAAAUGUGACUGCUUCAUUACCCCAAAAAUUUGCAACACUGCCAAGGAAGAAAAAUCCAUUUGAAGAGAGCAGUGAAUCAUGGGACAGCAGCAUGAAUUUAUUUUCAAAACCAAUUGAAGUAAGAAAAGAAAAUAAAAGAGAGAAAAGGGAGAAAGUCAGCCUCUUUGAAAGAGUGACUGGAAAAAAAGAUAGCCGGAGAUCUGAUAAACUUAACAAUGGGGGAUCCGAUAGCCCAUGUGACUUGAAAUCGCCUAAUGCGUUUAAUGAAAGUCGUCAGGGCUAUUUUGAUUAUGAGUCAACUAACCCGUUUACAACAAAAUUCAGGGCUUCAAAUAUAAUGCCAUCUUCAAGUUUUCAUAUGAAUCUGACAAGCAGUGAAGACCUCAGGAAAAUCCCGGACAGCAACCCUUUCGACGCCGCUGCUGGGUACCGGGGUCUGACCUAUGAGGAGGUGCUGCAGGAGCUGGUGAAACACAAAGAGCUCUUGCGCAGGAAGGACACCCACAUCCGGGAGCUGGAGGAUUACAUAGACAACCUCCUCGUCAGGGUGAUGGAGGAGACGCCCAGCAUUCUCCGAGUGCCGUAUGAACCGUCCAGGAAAGCUGGCAAAUUCUCCACCAGUUAAUAAGCCAGUUGCACUGAAUUUAUAAUUGGGGGAAAGAAGAAGAAGUGGAGAGAGAAAGGAAGCGGAAACACUGGUGACUGCACGAGACUGCACCGUCAGGUCUCAUUACACGCCCCCUCCAUGUGGAAAUGUGUCCUACCUGUAAAUAUUAACAGGCGCUCUCAAGAGUGAUCUUUGAAGUGAGCUAAAUUUAAACCUUUAAAGUGAAAACAGGCCAGAUUCUCGAUGAGUGAGCAGUUCCUUAGGAUUUGCUUGGGUGCUGGUGCUGGCCUGCUCGUCUGCUGUAGGCCCAGAACUGUCUUCAGAGGUUUGUGACUUAUUCCUCAGGAACAGAUUUCACAUAAGGUAGAAUGGAUACUGUGGCUGAUUUCUCAGAAAUCAAUUUGCAGACGUAUUUAGCUGCAGGAAUACCGCUCAUAAACACUACGACUAAGAAAAAGUUCAUAUUUUAUAUACGUGUGUACAUGAAACAUGUUCAUGUAUCUUUGUAUGUAAAAUACAUGCAUAUACCUCACAUACACAUGUGUUUUUAGAACAUUUGAGAACUACUGGUUGUCUCUAAAAUUAGGGUACUGAUUUCUUAAUUUGAAAAUAUGUGUGUGUGCUCUAUUGCUGCAAAACAAAUCAUCGCUGCUCUUAGGAUUGACUGUAGAGAAGCUGCUUCAAAUCACUCUUGAAUCUGAACCCUGGUCUCCAAGUGAGCUGCUUUAUGUAUAUAAUCGCAGCAUCGAGUAUUUUCCAAAAGUGAUGACCCAGAGUCCUUUCUUAAAGAAGGACAUGUUUUAGGAAACUUCAUUAACUUUACAACAGCAUGAACUUCUUGAAUUUAUUUUCUACCUUAACAUUUGAGUUUUGUUUAAGCUAUAAGCAGAAGAUAAGUUAAUGCAAUUUCUUGAGAUUCUGCAUGACUUUAAAUCAUAGCAAGGGAAAUAUUAGGAAGUUAUAGCUGAAGAUAAUUUCGGGGGGAGAAAAGUAGGUGAUUGAUGACUGAUAACCCAAAGCAAUGGGCAAAUUCUAGGAAUGAAGAAUUAGGCUGGGUUUCAAGUUACGUAAAUAAUAGAACAGAUGGUUGCAUUUGGGUCUUGAACCAAAAUAAGAGUUACUAAAGGAGGAUUGAGUUUUUAGAACAAAAGCUAGCAUAACAUCAUACACUAUUCUACAUCUACCCUUCAAGAAUAUCUCAAAAUUAAAUGUUGACUUUUUUAAAGUCUGUUCCCCCAGAUUAUUCAUUACUUAAAUAAAAUGAAUUAUCUGUUUGUAUAAAAUAAUUUUGAAAUCUAAAGUGAAAAGCAAUGGUUUAAAAGGUCACUAAUCAUUUGCUCAUUAUUUUUUAACCUUACAAAUCUAAAAUGCUCUGAAACACUGAAUGUGUCUUUUGGAAUUUAAAAUGAAAACCCACUGGAUAUGGAGACAUAUAUUCCUAUCUUUUUAAUAAACUGCUUUUUUGUCUGAUACUUUCUCUACUAAGAUUUCACUGAAUGUUAAAUAAGUUUUUAAAUGAGCAACGGUUUUGCCCAUUUUCAUAAUUGAUCAGCUAAAAUCCAUUGUUGUCCUUUCUGAGUUUCUUUCACUUUUCCUCUGGAAACACACAUUUUUGAAUUCAGAAAAUUUUUCCAAAUACAAAAAAUUUCUUCCUUUUAGAGUGAAGAAAGGAGAAGGAAAAAUAGCUUUUAUUAACUUUUCUUCCACUCUAAAAUUUCCAUAAUAAACCUCAAAAUCUAGGGUAGAAUUUUAUUUUCCCAUUUGAGAUUUUAGAAUUAUAACAUGGUGCCAUUUUAAUUAACAUUUAUUAAAUAUUACAAAAUUCUUAGUGUUUAUUUUUUUUGUUAGUAUAAUUGAUACUCUGAUACUUUUGAAAUGCCAAAAUCCAUGUGUUUUCAGUAUUAUGAUAGAUAAUCUACAGAUAUUUUAACCACUUUGGCCAAAUUUGUGCUUUAUAGAAUGAACCUUGAUGCCAGUUUCGUAUUGGGGGUAUGGUCUAUGUAAAUAGAGCUCAUAAAAGUAUAGUUGAAAUACUACUGUUGUUUUAUGAGCAAAUUCAUUUUUUAGGAGAUAUUCUUUGCUUAUAUAAAAGUUGUUAAGGAUUAUACUUAUCCAUAUGUGAGAGCUGGGUUAUGAAUUUUAUCUUUAAACCUGAGACAAGAUUUGUAUUGAAAAUUGAAUCUGCAUUUUUCACUGUCUAAAAAUGUUCUGACAUUUAUGAAUUUUCUUUCAUGACCUCAUAUUUUCAUAAUUGGUUAGCAUAAGAAAGAUAAAAAUGUAAAAGUAAGUUCUCAAGUAAACAGCAGUAUUCCCAGUGUUUGGGCCGAAAUGCAGACAGUAGUUUUAAUUCUAGCAUUAUAGAAGAAGAGCAAAAAGAUCACCUUAAUUUUUUUCCAAAAUGUAAUUUUUAAGUAUUCUAUUGGUAUACCAUUGUUUAGAAAUGGAAAUAAAAUACAUGUACUCAUUAAAUAAUGCACAGCACAAUAGACUUAUAAGCAGAUUUUACUUAGCUUUUAUGCAUAAAUAUUUCUCCACCAAUAAAAGGAUUUUUUUAAAUCACAGAAUUGCUAGUUAUUUCAAACCCAGCUUAAGCUAAUCUAUUUUGGUUACAAAAUUCAAAUAUUCGUAGUAUUAUUUUACAGCUAGUUCCCAUCCUUGUCCUAAAAUUCAGUUUUGAAACAGUUGAGCAUUCUGCCCUCCCACUUAUGCCUCAAGGUUCAUUUGAAACCAGGGCCUUGUCUUAGAAUUGUAUAUAAAAUAACGUGCCAUCCGUCCAUGAGAAAUGUCGAGGUUGCUUUUUUGCUGCUCUAUUCUGCAUUGAGCCUCAUUUUACCAUCCCCCCAUGAAUGUAGUAUUUUCCAUAGAUUAUACAUAGCUACAGCUAUUGCUUUUAGCAGUCAAUGAAGAUCGAAUUGUAGUUUUCCAGCUGUGAAAAUAAAUGUUGCCUUGUAUUUAAAAGGGUUUCAUGAAGGGAAACCUAAGUACAACUCGACUCAUUAGUGAAGACUUGCUUUCCUCCCAUCCGUUCUUUCCCAGCUCCUCCGCCUCCACCCCCC